UAGGAGCAGAGCGCCUCCUCACGUUUCUCCGUUCUUCCAACACGACACAUGACGGGUCCUUAACGGGACCGCAUCAACAGGCAGCAUAAGGGAGCGCUUUAUUCCUCUUCGGUUGGAUUAUAACGGCAUUGACACAGGCUACUGUGAGUUGUAUCAUUUUGAACGGGUUGGUUCCCAAUUUUGAACGGGUUGCUUCCCUCUUUCUACGGUCGUCAAAGUUUAUCUUGAUGCAAUUGGGUGAAUUGACGCCCAAGAGGCAUCAAACAGAACUUGAUAUUUUAAGGAUUUUCGACACAUACCAGAAGAUUUCAUUACGGACAUGUAAGCAUUUCACGAACACGACGGGUUUCAGCCGUUACUUUCUGCCGGUGGAACUCUGAAGGAUCUCAUUCCAGAACCUACAUCUUUGGGCUGAUUCGGAUGGAAUGUCAAAGUAAAUCAAAUUAACUACAUCUAUACGGACCGCAGGAGGCAUGGAAGGUGGCUUGGGCACACCUGCGUCAUCAGCUGGCAGCUCCACCUGCAAGAGGCUCCAGCAACCCCGGAGGCCAGGGUACCUGAGGACAGAGUUACCCAGGCUACAGGGCACCCUGGCUGGGGAGGAGGGGAGGACAGCCUGGCUGACCUACGGAGCAUCUGGAUGUCAUGGGAUGAACAAGCAGAACGGUCACAGUGAUGUCAUAAAGACGAUCAACACACUGAGACUGCCUGUACCAGCUGGCUCAUGUAUCUCAGUCAGCCAGCAGCUCUCUCCUCUGGAGACAUACAGCUCAGAAGCAUACAAACCAUCCCUAAGUUAUCAAAACAACCACUUAAUUUCCUCCUCUCCCACUCCUCCUCUCCUCUUCUCCUCUCCUCCUCUCUCACAGGAAGAAGGGUGUUGUGUCACUAAGUGUUCAUCAUCCAGCCCUCAGAGUGACUUCAGGUUGACCCCAGGGUCAAUCCCCCUACAGCCCUGCCUCUUGAGCCCUAACCCCAGACCCAGGUCCCCUAACCCCAGAACUAGGUCCUCUAACCCCAGAACCAGGUCCCCUAACCCCAGAACCAGGUCCCCUAACCCUAACUCCAGGACCUGUCCCUCUGGCUCCACUGGCUCCAGGUCCCCCCAGUCCCCCCAGCCUACCUGCCCCUCCAGGUCCCCCCAGUCCCCCCAGCCUACCUGCCCCUCCAGGUCCCCCCAGUCCCCCCAGCCUACCUGCCCCUCCAGGUCCCCCCAGUCCCCCCAGCCUACCUGCCCCUCCAGGUCCCCUCCUUCAGGGGACACUCCCUUCAGCUCCUCUUUCAGCUUUAUCCAACAGUCACUGAGCCUAUACUCCCUGGGCUCCAGUCACAGCACAGAUACAGACCUUGGCCUAAACCCAGACCCACAACCACUGAACAGCUCCCCUGGCCUAAACCCAGACCCACAACCACUGAACAGCUCCCCUGGCCUAAACCCAGACCCACAACCACUGAACAGCUCCACUAGCCUAGACCCAAAUCCACUGGAUCAGUCCUCAGCUAGGUCGUUAAGAACUGGAUCCGUCCCAUCCCACUCAGAACCACUGGAGAGGUCUGGGUCUGUCCCACCCUGCCAAUCAAGACCUGUAUCAGCCUCCCUUGACCAAUUACCAUCCAGGACAUCUGGCUCCAGCUCCAACCAAUCAGGACUAGGAGUUUUGGGUCUCUCUUUGGGGCUUUCUGUUUCAAAACUGUCAACUCCGAGUCGUGUCCAAUCAGAGCCAGGCUCUGUCCCUCUCAGCCAAUCAGACAGAGGACGGGACCGGCUCUCACCUUGGGUGUGGCAGGACCGGCACUGGGAGGCCCGGGAGGGGGCGGGACCAAGUCUGGGGGCGGAGUUACCCUCCUCUGUGACCUCUGACCUGGUGGAGUUGGAGCCUGACUGUGACUCCUCCUCUCUGGACACAGAAGCCGUCUCCUCCUCCCUGUCAGUAGGGGAGGACUCUGACGCUGCCUCUGCCUCCUCCCUCACCUCAGGGUACGAGAGUGCCACGCCCACUACUGCCACUCCCGGCCCCGCCCAUAACUGCACUCCCGGCCCCGCCCAUAACUGCACUCCAGACCAGGACCAGGGCUGGGACCAGGUGGUGAAGAAGUACGAGGGCGUCCUGCAAGACUGCCUGCAUAACAACCGUACUAAUACUAAGAUUCAGUCCAUGAUGCUGAAGCUACAGAGACUACAGCAGAAGGCUAUCCUGGAGGAUGAGUAUGACUCAGCUGAGCGUUUUGGUAAGAAGCUGGAGGAGCUGCGUAGAGAGAGGAGUUCACUGAGGCUGACGCUCCCCUCAAGACAGCCCACUGUGGCUCUGUUCCUCCAGAGACUCAGAAAGGCAGUACACAGCGCCCUCACCAGGAUGGAUGACCACAGGGAUGAGGUGGAGAGUGACGGAAAGGAAGUGGCUGAAACCGUCCAGGGUCCACUCCAAAGGAGAGAGCGUUUGCUGCAGGAGAAACGCGUGGUGGAGGCGGAGAUGGCAGAGCUGCAGUGGAGACUAGGAGAGCUGCAGUCUCGGAGUUGCAGCCUGGAGCACCAGAUCCAGCAGGAAGGGGAGGAGCUACAGACAGAGGAGGUGGAAGGCCCCGCCCUGCGCAGCUGUAGCCACACCCAGCUCAGAGACAUGGGUCAUGCCCUCGACGACCUGGUGACAUCACAGAACAGGACCAGGAUUUGUGUAUCUACUCCUGAAGGCAUACUCAGACUCCAGGAGCAGGAACAAACACUGAGUCUGUCCAUUAAAGAUGCUACGGCUAAAGUAGUGAUGAGCCAGAGGUUGGGAGGAAGUCUGACAAGGAAGCUCAGUGAGACAGAGACUCAGCUCCUGGCUCUCCAUGAAGCCAAGCUAGCCGCCAUCUCAGGUAAUGACUUCAGCAGUGCUAAGGAGCUGAAGGUAGAGAUGAGAGCUGUCUACGGAGAAAGAGAGCGGCUGGAGCUGCUAGUGAAGAGAUUCCACAGCCUGAGUUUUGGUAACAGCCAGGAUCUGGCCAAGAUGAAGACACAACUACAACAGCUGAAACAGGAGCUGGGGACCAGACAGGCCCAACAUGAAUGGACUCUGAAAGAGAACGCUGUAAAGUACAUUGAGCUACUGGAAGACAGACUGCAAAAUUGUGGCUGUCCCCCUCUGGAGCGUAUCUGGGAGGCAGAUCUAGAAGCCUGUCACCUCCUCCUCCAAGGCCUCCAGCUGUGUACCCCCUUCUGUAGUGGUCCGGACCCUGCCACAGUGGUACUACCCAACACACAACCAGCCACUAAACAGGAAGCAGACCUGCAGGAAUGUGCCAUGUUGACAGCUCUGGGGGGGUGCUGGUGCCCCGAGGCCAACCUACAGAACUCAGAGUUCACCAAGAAAUUGGAAGAGUUUUUAUUCUGCGUGGAGGAUGUUCACCCGGAGGAGGAGGACAGUGAAGCAACAGCGCUAACAGCAGACCUGACUAUGGAGUUGACAGACCAGUGUGAGGAGAUCAGUGAUAGGCUGUUGAUCCUGGAGGAUGACCUCCAGACAGCCAUACAGAACAGAGACCAGGCACUCACUCAUAUCCUUUACCUCUUACUUCACUGGAGGGAGGGAGGUUGUUUUUGGGUUAGUAUAUCAGCUAUGUUCUAUUCCUUAACCACAACACCACUGUCCCUGGAGCAGGAGGUGAGGGAGGUGAAGGACACUCUGCACACCAUGCUGACACGGCUUAAUGAGGAGGAGGAGGAGGAAGAGGAGGAAGACCAGUAUUUCAGUGACAGCUGGGAGAUUUGAUACGGGGGUGUCUGUUUUCUCCUGUGUUCUAUGACCACUCCCUCCCAGAGAGCCCUCCCUCUCUGGCACCCUGACUGACCCCUGACCCCUGACCCCUGACCUAUAACCCAUGGACCUGCCAGACUCUGUGAGGUUGACGUCAGCUCUGCAGCAAAGAGGACCCCACCAUAUUCAUUUUACUGUAGCUCCAUCUCCUGAACAAUGAGUGUUGUGUUGCCUGACAAUUACAGAGGGAUUUGACUAUAUAACAGCAGUAGUUGUAUUUCUGCAGUUAUGUGUAACAAUGGAAGAUAUUUUAUAUAUAUAUUAAUGGAGGAAACUUUGAUACAAAUCUUGUCAUAUCUAAAUAGGUUUAUGAGAUCAGUUAUGUCCAAGUCUGAUUUGGGAGAAAAACAUUGGAAGAUUAUUUAUUUUACUAUAUGGAGACAUUUUCACAUGAAUCUUCUAAAUAUUUUUGACAGUUGUAGUCAGUUUAACCAGGCUGAAACACAGCAGUGCCAUAGGCAGCAGACACACAGAACAACAUGUUCUGACUGCUACAAGAGAUGGAGAUGCUGCAGUGCCAUAGGCAGCAGACACACAGAACAACAUGUUCUGACUGCUACAAGAGAUGGAGAUGCUGCAGUGCCAUAGGCAGCAGACACACAGAACAACAUGUUCUGACUGCUACAAGAGAUGGAGAUGCUGCAGUGCCAUAGGCAGCAGACACACAGAACAACAUGUUCUGACUGCUACAAGAGAUGGAGAUGCUGCAGUGCCAUAGGCAGCAGACACACAGAACAACAUGUUCUGACUGCUACAAGAGAUGGAGAUGCUGCAGUGCCAUAGGCAGCAGACACACAGAACAACAUGUUCUGACUGCUACAAGAGAUGGAGAUGCUGCAGUGCCAUAGGCAGCAGACACACAGAACAACAUGUUCUGACUGCUACAAGAGAUGGAGAUGCUGCAGUGCCAUAGGCAGCAGACACACAGAACAACAUGUUCUGACUGCUACAAGAGAUGGAGAUGCUGCAGUGCCAUAGGCAGCAGACACACAGAACAACAUGUUCUGACUGCUACAAGAGAUGGAGAUGCUGCAGUGCCAUAGGCAGCAGACACACAGAACAACAUGUUCUGACUGCUACAAGAGAUGGAGAUGCUGCAGUGCCAUAGGCAGCAGACACACAGAACAACAUGUUCUGACUGCUACAAGAGAUGGAGAUGCUGCAGUGCCAUAGGCAGCAGACACACAGAACAACAUGUUCUGACUGCUACAAGAGAUGGAGAUGCUGCAGUGCCAUAGGCAGCAGACACACAGAACAACAUGUUCUGACUGCUACAAGAGAUGGAGAUGCUGCAGUGCCAUAGGCAGCAGACACACAGAACAACAUGUUCUGACUGCUACAAGAGAUGGAGAUGCUGCAGUGCCAUAGGCAGCAGACACACAGAACAACAUGUUCUGACUGCUACAAGAGAUGGAGAUGCUGCAGUGCCAUAGGCAGCAGACACACAGAACAACAUGUUCUGACUGCUACAAGAGAUGGAGAUGCUGCAGUGCCAUAGGCAGCAGACACACAGAACAACAUGUUCUGACUGCUACAAGAGAUGGAGAUGCUGGUUUCCUCUCAACAUUUUAUAGGAAUCAGAACAGACUGAACAGCUUUUAAUAGUGAUAAUGUUGAACAUUCCAUCCUGAUAAUGUUGAACAUUCCAUCCUAAUAAUGUUGAACAUUCCAUCCUAAUAAUGUUGAACAUUCCAUCCUAAUAAUGUUGAACAUUCCAUCCUGAUAAUGUUGAGCAUUCCAUCCUAAUAAUGUUGAGCAUUCCAUCCUAAUAAUGUUGAACAUUCCAUCCUAAUAAUGUUGAACAUUCCAUCCCAAUAAUAUUGAACAUUCCAUCCCAAUAAUAUUGAACAUUCCAUCCUAAUAAUGUUGAACAUUCCAUCCUGAUAAUGUUGAACAUUCCAUCCUAAUAAUGUUGAACAUUCCAUCCCAAUAAUAUGGAACAUUCCAUCCUAAUAAUGUUGAACAUUCCAUCCUAAUAAUGUUGAACAUUCCAUCCCAAUAAUAUUGAACAUUCCAUCCUAAUAAUGUUGAACAUUCCAUCCUAAUAAUGUUGAACAUUCCAUCCUAAUAAUGUUGAACAUUCCAUCCCAAUAAUAUUGAACAUUCCAUCCCAAUAAUGUUGAACAUUCCAUCCUAAUAAUGUUGAACAUUCCAUCCUAAUAAUGUUGAACAUUCCAUCCUAAUAAUGUUGAACAUUCCAUCCUAAUAAUGUUGAACAUUCCAUCCCAAUAAUGUUGAGCAUUCCAUCCUAAUAAUGUUGAACAUUCCACCCCAAUAAUGUUGAGCAUUCCAUCCUAAUAAUGUUGAGCAUUCCAUCCUAAUAAUGUUGAACAUUCCAUCCUAAUAAUGUUGAACAUUCCAUCCUAAUAAUGUUGAACAUUCCAUCCUAAUAAUGUUGAACAUUCCAUCCUAAUAAUGUUGAGCAUUCCAUCCUAAUAAUGUUGAGCAUUCCAUCCUAAUAAUGUUGAGCAUUCCAUCCUAAUAAUGUUGAACAUUGAUGUUGAUGUAUAUCGGGUCUCCAAUAAGACCUCAGCUCCAUCUGUAAUAUGUGACAGUAGAGAAGAACCAACUGGACCAACAGGAGAGAAGGACUUAAUGGACCAACAGUAGAGAAGAACCAAAUGGACCAACAGUAGAGAAGAACCAAAUGGACCAACAGGACAAUCCCACAGUGUUUCUGUGUUUUCUGUUUUCUGCAACAUUCUAAAAGAUCAGAGUAUUCUGUGUGUGAUGCUAAAUGCUAACCACAGUAGUGUGUGUGAUGCUAAAUGCUAACCACAGUAGUGUGUGUGAUGCUAAAUGCUAACCACAGUAGUGUGUGUAUGAUGCUAAAUGCUAACCACAGUAGUGUGUGUGUGAUGCUACAUGCUAACCACAGUAGUGUGUGUGAUGCUAAAUGCUAACCACAGUAGAUGCUAAAUGCUAACCACAGAAGUGUGUGUGUGUGAUGCUAAAUGCUAACCACAGAAGAGUGUGUGUGUUUGAUGAUAAAUAUUAAUUGUUUUAUAACACUACGAUUGGUUUAUAGCAUUUUAUUGUAUUAUUUUAGUAAAUUUUUACCCCCAUUCUUCGCCCCAAUUUCAUGAUUACGAGAUUGUCUCAUCGCUGCAACUCCCCAACAGACUCGGGAGAGGUGAAUGUCGAGUCAUGUGUCCUCCAAAACAUGAC